AUGUCACUGGAGGAAGAUGGGCUGGACGAGGCUAUUAGGGCUGUUAGCCAAGCCCGAGUGCUGGUAGGGAUGCACGGGGCAGGCCUGGGGCUCAGAAUGUUGAUGUCCAGCGGUACCCUGCUGAUCGAGAUAUGGCCGUUUGGUGUGGACCCGGCGUCUGCAAGGGUGUACAGGGCCAUGUGUGGCCUAAGGGGCUUUGGGGUCACAUACAGGGCGUGGGUCAACGAGGAUGUGGGUAACACGCGCACACACCCACACUACCCGCAACACUUUGGGGGUAUUCAGCAUCUACCUCAGGAAGAGAGAAGGCGUGUUGUGUCGUCGCUACGCGGAGACAAGCUGGUGAAUGUGACGUGUUGCAUGGACGUUGACUGGCUCUACAGGAUCUACCAGGAUACGGUGGUCAGGUUGCACGCACAUGGCGACGCACACGGGCGUGCACAUGAGGCUCACACGCUCACAGACACACAUACAGGUGCACUUGAGGUUAACGCAGACAGAGACGCACAUGAGGCUCACACGCCCACAAACACACACAGACGCACACGUACCAAUGCACUUGAGGUUAACGCACACAGAGACGCACACAGGGCCACACAACACAAGAAAAUAUCAGCUUAA